UUGGCUCUUGCUGAUACGCCUGAUUACGGAUCCAACGGGCUUUGGUGCGACUACCAGCAUCACUCUGUGUUCAACUGCUCUGAGAAAGCCCCGUACUACAAUACUGAGCUGUUGGUAGUCAUAUUGCUCUGUGGAUUGCGGAUCAAGUUCAAAAACACCAUGAUAGGGAAGCGUAUCCUCACCAGUCUACCUAGUGUCAUAUUUCUCCUUGUCUGACAAUCGGCAAUUUUACUGUUGUUAGUAAUCUUUCUCACUGCUACCGUUUGGCUAA